CUGAAACUUGUACAGUUGUACAUACAUACAGUUGUACUACUUGUGGAAGCUGCAGUUAACUCAAAUUAAUAUUCUCUCUGCUUAUUUUUAUUUGAAGUAUCAAUACAAUCACGUGACCACUGACGUUAACUGUAAUACUAUAUAUAAAUACAUUUCACACCGUGUUACUCACAAUCAACGUCCAUAAUUAAGAAACACUUAAUAUAUCGCCAACCAGCAAAAAUGACGUCAUCUUCACCGUCUCCACAAGCCUCCAUGCUUUUGUACUGGCACGACAACCAAUACGACGACCGCAACUUCCAGAUUCAUGGCCGUACACUCUUCUUCGCCGUGGCUCUGUUAUCCGUCGUCUUCGUUUUCGCUCUACUCACUCUCUACAUCCACCGGAGCUGCCUACCACAGACACCCGCCACUAUUCUCCACGAGCCGUCUCCUGAUCAACACACGCUCUGCGUCCGCGGAGGGCUUGAUCCGGCUACGAUUAGAAGCUUGCCCGUUGUGCUUUUCAGGAGAGAAGCGGCGGAGGAUGAGGAGGAGGAGGAGUGUUGUAUAUGUCUCGGUGGUUUCGAGGAAGGGGAUAAGAUGAAACUGCUUCCUCCGUGUAGCCAUUGUUACCAUUGCGAAUGUGUGGAUCAGUGGCUUAAGACCGAGUCGAGUUGUCCGUUAUGCCGAGUCUCCAUCCGAGUGGACUCGUCCAUGUCGUUGCCAAGGCAAUGAGACAGCUAGAGUGAUAGUGAUUAAAGAUAUUAAUAUGUUUCUUUUGUCAUUGGGUGAGUCAAAGAUUUUAGUUAACAUUUUGCAUGGCCGUGGAUGGAGAGGAAGAUAUUUUAUACACACACACACACACGAAUGGUUAUGGUUUCUUCUAACAAAACUUAAUUUUCCUAUUCUGUCUUUAUCAUUUGAUAACUUCGUGAUCUGUAUCCCUCAUAUAUUAAAAUAUAUUAAAAAAGAAGCAUUCU